CAUAAAACUCAUACCAAGUAUUUCAAAAUUUUAUAACACUGUGUAUAACGGCUGCCCCAUUUAUCAAUCAAUUUUCGCCGUACGACCUUCAAGAUAUCAAAUUGAGAAUUGUAUAAGAUGCCCGGGGGUAGAAAACAAUCAAAAUCACUUAUGGAACCGUUUUUACAGAAAAUGGCAGUAAGAGAUAGUUCUAUAGUCGAAAAACCGAAAACAACGAAAUUUCAAAAGGAAAGUCAUUUCACGACAGCUCGUGAAACAAGCCGAUUGAAUACAAAGGAAGAAUCAAAUUAUCGAAAAAACCAAGGUCCAAAAAAUGGUUUGGAGUUGAUGCGUACCAGUUUUCCUAGUUUUACUACCAAUAGCCUACAGAUCAAAAUGCAAACUCAUCAGUUUAAGAAGGAAGUGAAGAAAACUCAAACUGCCAAAAUUGGCGCCCCUCAGACCCCUACCACAAUCAGUUUAAUGAGCGAAGCUUCGGUUCGAUCCAGUGUUAGUUCCAUCAAGUCCACAAUAAAAACCUUCCUCAAGAUAGAAGAAAAUCCGUCAUUUUACCAGAGGUUGGUUAUACCGUUUAGUGGUUUCACUGAAGAAGACGUUAAGGAAAUAAGGGGUGGAAAGGAGCCAAAAUCGAGCAAAUCAUCACUUCCGAAGUAUUGGACUAGUACGAAUGAUCCUCGUCCAGUAUUGAAGAGAUACCAAUCUGAAAAAAGAAAGAGUAGUUAUGAGAGGUAUGUGCAAGAGAGUGUGGAAAAUUUUCUACAAGCAAGAAACAAUACUGAAGAUUCUAGCUAUAAUACUGUUCUCGCUGUCAAAAUGAUGGUAGACGAUGUAACAAGAAUUGAAGAGGAAAUCAGCAACGCCAACACUGAUCAAAAUAAUGGUAAUAAUUCGAAAGAUACCAUUUAUCUUCCUAAUAGCGAGCUGUUGAGUGCUCGCUUGGAUCGUAUAAUGAAUCCACCUAGUCCAGAAAAUUCUGUGACGCAUAAUAAGAACGGCCCUGCAAAUCCCACCACAUUCAAAUCAGGUCCAAAAGCAGAUUGUUCCUAUCAACGAUCAAAAUUGAUGAUAAUGAAAAAAGAACUGGAUCAAGUAGACAAGGAUUUCGAGAAAAUACAAAAUGAAUAUGAUGAGGCAGAAAAAGCUUACUUUACGGCGAAACUCAACUUCCAUAGAAUGAAAAUGAAACGGGAUAAAUUAUUGGCACAGUUGAGUGACUUAGAAAAAGAAUUGUGUCCAGAAGUUGAAUGCAAGAGCAGCCUACUCCAAUUUGACUAAAUAACAAGAGAAAGAGUCAUUCUGAAAUUUUAUUAAGAAAAAUUAUUUAUUGGUACAAAGGUAUAUACAAUCAAAUUUUCAAGGACAUUCAAUAAAUUAUGUACUAUAUACAUAUUAAAAAUGGUAAAACUUGUAUGGCAGUCAAAAUACAACUCACAAUAAUAUCUGA